AUGGAUAGCACUAGGCCAUUGGCUAAAGUUAAUGAUCAAGUCUAUGAAGAUAUUGAUCCUAAAAUGGAAUGGGUGAAUGAUGCUGGAUUCGACACCCUACUUGUCCGUCUACCAGGUUUUACGAAGCAGCAACUAAGGAUCCAAGCAGCAACAGGUGAUCGAAAACUCAAGAUCACAGGAAAGAGCCGUCAGAGAAACAAUAAAUUGAUCCGUUUUAACAAGGAGCUUACUGUUCCAUCAGAUUAUAAUCUUGAUCAAAUCCGUGCUAAGUUUGAGGGUGGAGUACUUUAUAUCAAACACCCCAAGAAGAAUAUCAGUCCAGCCAUGCCAGUACAGGAAAAUAAUGCAAGCUCAACUGCAGAGCCUCAAAAGCCUGCAAAUGAAAAACCAGAAGACGGAACGAGUGGACAAGAUUAG